AUGCACGGCUCUUACCUUCCGUCGCAACCAAUGCAAGCAAAACCGCCAAUUCUAUACGGCUCGUCUGCCAUAACCGCCGAUGGCCCGCAACCUCCUGCUGCUCGUGAUUCCUCACUGAAUCCAAGUUCACGUUCCCCUGAUCGCCCCAGCGAUAGUUUGAAAAUCUCCCAUCUACUCUACAACUCCGCAUCACCGGGGCCAACCGCGCCUUCGAACUCCUUCUCCAACCCAUCGCCAUAUUCGCGGCCUCCGAGCGGGCCUGGCCCACCACCUUCAUUGUUAAUUGGUGCACGUCACACACAGGAUGCAAUUCCAGAAACUACAAAUAUACCCGUUGGACACAUCGUUCCCGCCUCCCAGCAACCACACAAAAGGGCGUAUCGACAACGAAGAAAAGACCCUAGUUGCGAUGCCUGUCGCGAGCGGAAAGUCAAGGUUCAAGACCUCGAGCGACAGCUUGCUCAAGCCAAACAGCAAUUACAUCAACUUCGCAUGGGUAUGCCAAAGCUAGAGGAUCAUGAUUACGAGCCAAACGAAGGACCGCCGAAAAUCCCAGAGAUCGGCUGUCGACCGCACCGCAUUAACACGCCGAGUGCAAAGCAGAACUAUGCUAGCGUAUGCUCAAAAAUGCGACAACAUGGACAGGGCCUGAUAAAUUUCCCCCUUACCCCUUCGUAUAUCCGAUCUCAGCCCCUGUUGACGACAGAUUCACCCCCUCUACCGCCUAAAAGUGUGGCUGAUGUCCUUUUGAGGCACUAUUUCUCCUGCAUACAUUCAGUUUUCCCAAUCCUCCACUGGCCGGCUUUGUUAGAUGAUUACGACCGGAUAUACCGCGCUGGAUCACUCCGAGGUGUUCCGCGAGGAUGGGCAUCUGUCUUCUUUGCAGUUUUAGCGUGCGGCUCCUUGCACUCUCUAGACCCCGCACUGAUAGCGAAAGGCAAGGAAUACAUUCAGACAAGUUUCACUUUAACCGACCUCUGGCAAGACGCGUUUUCGGUGGAUCCGGCCCGUGCAGCCAUGCUAAUAAGCCUUUUUUCGAUCGUUGUACUCGAACUAGGCCGACCGCUUUUAAUUCAUGAUGAAGAUUGCGACGCCGAAUUGCCGUCAGCAAUUGAAGAGCAUUUAAUAUCUGAAGGAGCUCCGGCCGUAGCGGAGCCGAGAACCACACCGCUUCUAGCUACAAUUCAUGUUCUACGUUCUGUAUCUCAACUGGCAAAAGGACUUCGAUCCCAAGUGGUUUCCACCGAAACUUUGGAGCAAUUCGAGCGCCAUUUUAGGAUGUGCUUGGCCACCUUCCCUGCGGAAUAUGCUAUUAACUCGAACCAAUAUCUCGACCCGCAGUCCUUAUCACCAAUAAUAUAUCUCCAGAACACCAGACUCAUUCUCCAUCGACAUAACCUCUCUCCCGCCUGUUCACCCGAAAUGAGACGCCACGCUUUGGAACAAUGCUUAGCCGUUGCUCAUGAUACCACCCGUAUACUCGCACGCUGCAUGCGCUCUCCGAGUUCUCUAGAUUCCAGCGGUACUGGGACUGGAGAGUGGCGUUAUUUACUCGCAGCCGCUGCAAGCACGGUUUUAUGCACCCACAUUUGGCGGUGCAUUUUAUUGCUUCUCUUCAAAGCAGAGUACUCUUCUGCAUUGUUAUGUAUUCAGGCCAGUGCUGCUAUUGGUGAUGUACGGCCUGUCAACAUAGCUGCUGGGCGCUACCUCUCUUUCUUUUUAAAAUGUGUUUUAGAGAGACAGCAACAUGGAGAACUCGUGAAUUUGGAGCGGGACGAAGAGAUGAUUGCGUAUGUAUCCGGCGACCUUCAGGCUCGGAUCGAUGGGAGCUGGGUAUGGCAAAACAGUGAAAUUCAGUCACCCCUCACAGUCACACCGCCACCUAUUUCAUCGCCGUCCUCAGCCGCAUCGCCAGUCAGAGCUCGGUUCGUAGAACCCCCAAGAAGUGAGCCGUCAAGGAAAGAGGAAGGCGAUCAGGAGUGGGAAGGAUGGGAGUGGGUUGAACAAACGACCCAGCUGCUUCUAUCAAAACAACAGCAGCGAGGUGCAAUGCUUUCCCCGGCAGAAAACAACAGGCCCUUCCUCGUUGAGCCCAAACCGGACCGGCCCUUAGAAAAUUUGACCAUUUCCCGCACCAGCAACUCGAAAAUGACUAUUGCAAGUAUUAUAUGA